GAAAAUCCAAGAAACUUGUGCUUGCAUACAGAACCCUUAGUGUAUACAGUUCAAACUCUACCCUUCGGUUUAAAUUCUUUCAAUACGAAAGAUAAGUCUCAACAAACAAACAAUUUAAGUUGAACGUUGCCAGUUAGCAGUGUGGACUUGACGCAGCCGCCCAGCGCUCGUUAUAAUUAUUUUGCUACUUCCAAAAUUUGCCAGUGCGAUACGGCUAAGUGGGAACGAGUUGGUGAAAUGGUUAAGCUGUCUUGUUUAAGUAUAGACGUAGCUGAGGAUGAAAAAGAGAUGGCGUACGUUUUAAGUGUAAAGGUAAAGAACUUGAAAACAUUUUUGCUUAACUUUUUUUACUGGUUAAUUAUUUUGAAUCUGUUUUUUAGAAUAGGGUAUUUGACAGCAUUAAAAAUAAAGUGCCAAUUGUUAGCAUCUGUAUUUAGUAUGAAUAUUGGAAGGAGUUUUUACUAUUUUUACGAAAAAAAUAUUCAUAAUUUUACUAAAAACCCACGAUAAAGAAAAUAGUUUUCUUGUCUUUUGUCACGUGACCCAAAACGCUUGGGAUUGGUGGAGCCUAAAAUGACGCCACACGCAAGUAAACUUCCGGUUAAAGUGACAUUAGAUUGUAUGGUUUGCGGAUUUAAUGACAGUCGUGUGACGUCACACACCAGUGAGACGCCAUAUUGUUUAGAGAGAGAUACCGUGUACGCGGCAACCUGAAAAUAGAGUUUUUGAUCUAGUUUUUUUAUCGAAAUACACAACAUAAUGAUGAAUAUCCAUUCUUUUUAUGGACUCUAUAAACAUUACGUGAGAUCGUUUUCUAAAACUUGUCAAAUAUCCUAUUAUUGCAAAUAUUAAAAUAUCCUCCUAUUAAUGUUACCUACUGGAGCCAAGAUCUUUCUUAAAGAUAUACAGUAUUGUAAGGCCCUAAAACACAAAUCCAGUGCCGAUUGGUGGGCGCUGACGACUACAGAUGCAGCCGCAACUUCAGCAGCUUCCUCCUUCUAGAUGCUCCUUUGCAGAGUACGGAGGAUCAAUGGGUAAUGAAUUUUGCCACUUUUCCGACAAACAUCCUUAAUGAUUACUUACACAACUCUUGUAAUAAUUCGUAAUCUAUGUAGCAUAAAAAUCCUAAAAAAUCAUUAAAUCGAAUACGUUAUUGGCCUGUGUAAGUCGUUAUAAAAAGUUUCUUAUCCAAAUUUCCUAAACGUAAAUCCCAAUUGCUGAGUAACCGUAACCGUGAUGUUGUUGAUGUAGCUACCAGAUUGUAGAUAAUUGAUCGAUAGUCACAACCAAGGUUCUUCGCAUUUUUUCAGUAUUCGCUAUCUUUAUACCGUUGACUGACGGCCGCUUAUGUUAGUUUCUUUUUAAAGCCAAAUAUUUUUACGUCUAAUGACUCGCCCUCGCUUUCCUUCGGUUUAGAUUACAGAAAUUUUUCUUCGGUGUAAAGAUUAUGCAAUCUUUUCUGUAAAUAGCAUGUCAUUCCGUUUAGUAGUUUUUAAAAUAUGUUUUAUUAGCGGGUGCCCGCGACUUUGUCUGCGUGGUUGGUUUCCUAUCCAAAUUUCAUGCUCCAUUUCACUUCUUACAAAGUUUUAUUUUCACGACCAAAAAGUCGCCUACAACCAUCUCCAAGGCCCCAUCUAUCUAUAUGCUAAAAUUCCAUGUAAUCGAUUAAGUGGUUUAGGCGUAAAAGCGUAUCAAACUAACACACUUUCGUGUUUUUAUUAUUAGUUUAAAAACCGAUAUUAUUAUCUUAAGAAAAGAGAAUAUGUUACGUUAGCGAGUUAAAAUACAAUAAAUUUUUUACGUUUAGAUUGGAGUAUGUAUAUUGUUUAUGAUAUCACAUUUCACACUUAUAUAAAAGGCGAAAGGUUGUGAGUGUGUACGUUUGUUACUUCUUCACGGCUAAACGGCUGGAGCAAUUUUAAUAAAAUUUGGUAUGGAGUUAGCUGACACCUUGGAUUAACACAUAGGCUACGUUUUACUGCGGGAAAAUAUCCCUAAUAAACCGCGGGUAACAGCGCGGGGCACAGCUAGUAUGUUCACAUAUGUUCUUUAUAUUAUAAACGGCCUAAACUUGAAGAGGAGCCAGUAACUGUGACUCACAAUAAUAUCACAAUGUGCCACUUUUAGCAUUCAAUAGUUAUCCUUUACCGGCAGUGACUGUGUUUUGUGAACAAUUUAUUUCCCUAUAUACAUUUGAUAAAUAUAUCCUAUUCAAUGCAGUGAAGGUGGCUCACCCAGCAAAUAGUUUUAGGUUGCGUGGUUCCUAUUAUUUUUCUUGAGUGUAUUUUCUUUUCUAAAAUGACACACGGAAUAUUUUACAAGGAUUCCUGCAGACUGGUCGGGGGUUCAAAGUUUUAUGAAGUAAUGGACGGUUCGGCGUCCGCUGAUACAUCUAUACCAUCACCAACGGAGAAGCACGACCAUAUGAAGCCAAUUGAGAGUGAUGAUGAAGUGUCGGAUGUAGAUCAAGAGUGCACGGUGUUCAGCGGCGUGAGCUACCUGGGCGCGCAGAACAUCGCUGACCCCAAGUCCGAGGGCGACAUACAGCGCAUCAUGAAGGAGCUCAGCUCCAUGCCCGAGAGUCGCGACGGCAUUGCCGUGUCGAUAUCCAUCCCCGUCUGUUCGCAGGGAUUGGUCGUGUUAUAUCAAGCGGACUCGAACAGCGUAAUGACUCGGUACGCGGUCAACCGCAUAUCGUUCUACGCUCGUGGUGCGGCUGGUUCCCCCGUGGCUUCCUGCUUUGCGUUCACCUGGUCUCACGGUGAGACCAAAGAGUCCGCCGUAUACCGCUGCCAUGUCUUCAGGUGCCACAUUGCUGAGGCUGUCAACCAAGUGUCGAGUUGUUUCGCGAAAGCCUUCGAGCGCGUGCCACGGUCUAUGGCCUCCUCAAUAGUGGGUGAGUUGAGCGCAGCUCCGUCUAUGACCGGCUCGCUCACUGAGGGCUUGGGGCCGGCAGCGCCACCCAUGCAACUAAUGCAUGUUCUAGAAUGCACGGUGGACAUCAAAGAGACGGAUGCUAAGGGUACUUUCAGUCAUGUGCCGAAGGAAAGACUUGGUUUCAAGUUACGUGCGGGUAUAGACAAACAAGUGACAAUCAACGUGAGGCAAGUUACCAACAAUGUACAGCCAGAAACUGAAGAUCAACAGUUGACAUACACCGGGGGAUUAUUCAUAGAAAGAUGCUUCGGUAUCCUACUUGCUCCCGGCCGCAGCGUGAAGCAUUCAGACAUGAGGCUCCUUGAAAUGGUCAGUGGUUCAGCGGGCGGAUCGAGUUGUUCUGUAUGCGCAUUGUGGAAUGCUGGCGAAUCUGCCUUAGCAGCAUUCAAUGCGGCGAGCGGAGAUAUCGCCCCCACCUACAUGUCGCUAGCGCUGGACCUCGUCAUCAGAGGCGUGCCGGAUUCACUGAGAUUAGUGAUAGAGACACCAGUGAAGAUGUAUCCACACACGGAGCGGUUUUGGUACUACUCCAAAAAGCCGCUAGUACAAGAGUUUUACAUAAAUCUAAAAGAGUCUGUAGAUGCAAUCGGGCAGUUGCAAUACGAAGUGGCCAGUAUAGAAACCUCCGGCGAGUUGGAUCGUACGCGAUUGAACUUGCCGCUGUCUCUUUCUAGUCUAUUGCCGUCGCCGCUAGCCAGUGCGCCUGCGCCGCCUUCGCCUUCCGAACCGGAUUCCGAUGGUGACGAACCACUUCUGAGCGGUACAGGAGAGGUAUCCAAAGACUGCGAAGAAGACGUGUUGGUCAACUGGGCUCAAGUCCUUAGAAGAUGGACCGGCCCCAGACCGCGCGCGUUAGUGCAUCUGGUUCGGGUCGGAGUACCGGAAGCUUUGCGCGGUGAAGUGUGGCUGCGGUUGGCCGGCAUCGACCAGAACGAUAAGUUGAUGGAGACCUACAGAACGCUCAUUAGUAAAGACUGCCCCUUCGAAGCCGUGAUACAGCGCGACAUCGCCCGCACAUUUCCUGCGCACGACUUCUUCCGUGAAGCGGGCGGUCUCGGCCAGGACUCACUGUUACGGAUGGCGCGUGCCUACGCAGUAUACGACCACGAAGUCGGCUACUGCCAGGGGCUGAGCUUCCUCGCCGCUACCUUGUUGCUUCACAUGCCAGAAGAGCAAGCGUUCUGCCUUCUUGUACGCCUCAUGUACGGCUAUGGGCUACGUGAACUCUACAAAGAUGGUUUUGAAGCCCUAUACAUGAGGCUACAUCAGUUGGAUCGUUUAAUGGAGGAACAACUAACGGACUUGCGAGCGCAUUUUCAAGAGUUGGGCGUAGAACCUCACAUGUUCGCUUCACAAUGGUUCCUCACGUUGUUUACAGCGAGAUUCCCGUUGCCUUUGGUUUAUCACAUCUUGGACGUAUUCCUACUCCAAGGAAUGGAUACUUUGUUCCAAGUUGCCUUGGCACUUCUUUCACGCGCGCGUAAAGAUUUGCUGUUGCAUGACUUCGAGGGCGUACUCAAAUAUUUUAGAGUAACACUGCCAAAGAAGUGCCGCGCGGAAGAAGCGUCUCGUCAACUAGUAAAACUAGCGUGCAGCAUCAAAGUCAAGAGGCUGCCUAAAUACCAACAGGAGUACGAGAAAUUCGUCAAAGAAUCUGCUGAGAAAGAAAAAAUCAACGUCGAAUUGGAGAGGCUCAAGAUGAUAAAUACACAAUUACAACAGGACAAAGAAUUGCUGGAAACACAAUUGAAUGAGUCUCGCCUCAAAGCGGACGAAGCGCAAAAGGAUUCCGUCCACUACUCAGCCGUGGCGCGGGAUUAUAGAGAAAUAUGUGCUCGCCUCGACAAACAAUUGCACCAAUUUCAAGACUCCGUGAAAGAAUGUGUGAAUUGCUGCCAGAUAUUAGCCCAAAAAGACAACAAAGAAGAGAGUGAACAAAAGGGCGAUGAGAAAGAAGAAGGCUCUAGCGACACAGAGGCGAGGUUGAGGCAGCGAGUGCGGGACUUGGAACUGGAAUUAGCUCAAGUCAAGUUGGCGCAUGUGCAAGCUCAAUGUAGCAACCAGGAACUCAGCCAUCAACUAAACUCGGCACUAAACGAAAUGCAAGCGGCGAUGAAUCAGAAGCAGUCAGUCGCACCUUGGCUAGUUCGCACGUUAGGUUCCAUAAUGGAAGCUGCGCAGAACCGGCCGUCUUUCCAAACUUACCUACCCAAUUCGAAUCAGGAACAACCGACGCAACUUCAUAGACAAGGAUCGUUCACGCAAGGCCAAGGGAACGCACGCACACAGCCUAGUCUCGACAGGCGAGUAUCUGAGCCCUACAGCCCCGACGUUGUCAGAAGGAAGAAAGAUAUAAAUACUAAACGACACUCGAUGCUCGUAGACUCUAAUGUCACGAAAGAGACCAAAGAACUCAAUCGACGGAGCCACCAAGAAGCCGUGAAAAAACUCUCGAUGGGUUGA